AUGUUGAACUUCUCCGGACAAACAAAACGAAGAGUAGUCAAUCUAGGAAAUAGAAAACAAGGAUUUGGAAAUAAGAACUUUUUAGAACAGUCAAGACUACAACGUCAGGAAAGAGAACUUGCUAAAGCCAAAGAAAAGGCAGCAUUAGUUAUUCAGAAUCACAUUAGACGAUACUUAGAUCUAAAACAAAACAGUGAAGAAAUCAUUACCAGUUGGAUCAAUUAUGGGAUUAAUCUGAAUGAAGCGUGGAAUAGUUGGUUAAUUCAGUUUGUUAUUUUGAGUAAAUGGUAUUUAUUAAAACAAAAAGAGGUCGUAAUAAGUCAAGUAUUGAAAGUGUUGAAUGGUCGUCUAAGUGAUCCUCCCUAUGGUAUUAGAGAUACUGAAGUAGACGGAUUGAUUCAGGCAUUAAAUAAAUUGUUUAAUAGUGCAACCAGUAUAACAGUCAAGGGUGAGAUAGUUACUGGAUUGGAAUUACUAAUCUCAAACCAUGGAGCUGUUCGCGUCGACAAUGUUGCAUCGAAUUUGGUGGAGUAUAUUAAACAACAUGAAUUGACACCAGAAGAGCUAGACUAUGUUGUUUCUCUAAUAUUCAGAAUUAAUGUUCUUGAUUCCACCAAUGCAUUUUUUGACGUUUUAACUUUGGACGUGUUUGACAAGCCAGUUACAGAAUACCUCAGAGUCUUGAGAUAUGAAGUGGUAACAAAUGAACAAACGUUUCUAAAAUUUAGCCAAGAAGAAUUGAUUACCAUACUUUCAAAUUUUCUCAUAUUACACGGAAAAGAAGAAUUCAUUGAGGAAGAUUUUGUAUUCAUUGGAUCAAUAUUGGAACAUGUUUAUUGUGUGCUUAAGUUGCAAGACGAAGAUGAUAUGGAUGAAGAUAUUGAUCUGAAUAUUACCAGCCCUGUGGUUAAUAUUACUGAAAAGAUAUCUGAUUCAUUGGAUAAGCUAUACUCACAAGGAUUUGUUCAAGGUACGGUGGAUUUGUUGAAAACUAAAGAUUCCACGCUGAGAGCACUUGCAUUAAAGAUUUUACCUGAGUUGAUUAAUCUUUACCCUCCACUUAAAGGAAAAAUUUGCAUGCUUUUGUCCAUUAUACCUAAUUGUUACACAUGGUUUUUCGAUACCAUGAAGCAACAUGAAUUAAUGACUAUGUUCUUGACAACAACAAAUGAUUAUAUCAAGACCGAAGAGUUAGAGAAAUUUGACAAGCAUUCAAUGGAUCUAUUCUGGCAGACAUUGUUUUUAUUUGAAGAGCUGUAUUCAUAUUGGUUAAUAGUGUCAAAUGAUUUAGAAAGUUUCAACGAUGACAAGUUACCACUUGAAGAUGUCAAACAGUUUUUAAAGUUUUUGAAGACCUUUGCAUUAACUUUGAUAUUUGCUUCAGAUCGUACCGUUUUCCCACAAUACGACAAUCUCAAAUCCAUUUCAAUUGUAUUACUUAAUCAGCUAUACACAAAAAAUCUUAGAAUGAAGUUUCUUCCAAGAGACUUUUGGUUCCCAAAACAGUUGGUUUUUAAUGUUGAUUUGUUGUUAUCGUUAAUUGCCGAAGAAGAAGAGAAACGAAUUAUGGCACAUGACGAAGACUAUAUGGAUAGUGACCCAGUUAGAAAGUCAAAACCAUCAACCCCUAAAGACGUGGUAACAAAGCUUGAAGUAUUGAAGAAGCUACCGUUCUUCAUUUCAUUCAGAGACCGUGUUAAGGUGUUCCAAGCAUUGAUUGAGUUGGACAAACAACGUUCUAUUGACACCAAUCCGUUUUCAUUCGAAGAAACAAAACUCCAUGCAAAAAUUAAUCGUGAUACCAUUUUGGAAGAUGCAUUUCAUGCGUUCCACAGGCAAGGCUCCAAUUUCAAGAAUAGAAUUCAAGUGGAGUUUUUCAAUGAAUAUGGUAGAGAGAUAGGUAUUGAUGGUGGUGGUAUAACGAAGGAAUUUUUGACAAGUGUUGUCAAAGAAGGUUUCAAUCCAGAUAAUGCAUAUGAAUUGUUUAAGGAAACAUUGACUGAUAAUCAAAUUUAUCCAAAUGACAAGAUAUACGAAAUCAUGCACGCGGGUAUGGAUCAAGAGUUUCAACAAGAGAAAUUAGAGUAUAUUAGAUUCUUGGGGAUGAUAAUUGGUAAGUGUUUGUACGAGCAUGUAUUGAUUGACGUUUCGUUUGCUCCAUUUUUUCUCAACAAAUGGUGUAAUGACAGUAUGAAAAACUCAAUCAAUGAUCUUAGUUAUUUGGACCACGAAUUGUUUGUAAAUCUAAUGAAGUUAACUAAAAUGUCAAGCGAGGAAUUGGAAAGUUUGGAUUUGACAUUUUCUGUGGAUAUCCUGCUCGAUGGUAAAGGGUAUACGUUUGAUUUGUUACCAAAUGGCAGGAAUGUGAAAGUGGACUCCACCAAUAUUCUCAAUUAUAUGCACCAGAUGGCAAACUUCAAAUUAAAUCAAUCAUUGAAAUUGCAAACAAAGUACUUUCUUGAAGGAUUGUAUUCUAUGAUUUCAAGCUCCUGGUUAAGCAUGUUUGAUUGUUUUGAGUUACAAAUGUUGAUUUCUGGUGGUAAGAGUGAUAUCAACAUUGAAGAUUGGAAGAAUAAUGUUGAAUAUGGAGGUUAUUCGGAUGACGAUCCUAGUAUUAAAAUGUUCUGGGAAAUUGUUGAAGAAAUGACUCCUGAAGAAAGAUUCAAGUUGAUUAAAUUUGUCACAUCAGUUAGAAGAGCACCUUUAUUGGGAUUUGGAGCGUUGUAUCCAAAAUUUGGUAUUAGAAAUUCGGGUCAAGGGUUGUUGAGAUUACCUACUGCUUCGACAUGUGUCAAUUUAUUAAAAUUACCAGAUUAUAAAGAUAAAAAGGUGAUGAAAGAGAAACUAUUAUAUGCUAUCAACACUGAUGCAGGGUUUGAUUUAUCUUAA